AUGGUGGAAAUUGCGCGGCUACUUGGGAGGAUCACAGACAGUCACUUUGCGCCUGGAAGAGGACCACCUGCACCAGCUGGGAUUCAUAAACUGAAGCAGCAGCUUGAGAAUUGGAAAGAGAGUCCUCCUGAAGACAUGCGUAGAGGACCGGAUGACGGAGAGACUUCGGUUUUAACGUGCUUGAUCCACCUGGCGUACAACCACCUUUGCAUCCUAAUACACCGCAAUGGCUGGCUUCGCAACCGAGACGAGGGGGACAAAAAGGCGGCACUCGCCGCUGCCUGUCGCAUUAGCCGGAUAACCGAAGAUAUGCUGGCUCAAGAGACAUUGCAGUAUGGCCAGAUGCAUCUGUAA